GUCACACCCGCAGCCAUCUGCAAGAAACCCAUCUGCCACAUCUUCAAUGUUGGGUCCCGUCAGUUCAACUGCGUGAUCGCCGUUUGCACACGAAAGGGAGGAAGGGAUAAUGGCCAUCCUUGCGUCUUUGUUUUCCUGCUGCGCCUCCAGCGACCGCCCAAGCAAACUCGCCGCCGAUACCCGCCAUGCCCGCAUCAUUGCCGUCACCGAUGGCCGACCUGACCGCUACAGAGGUCCCCAUGUGCAGCCACAGAGCUUUCACCACGACCGCCCUCCACAGUAUAGCGAGGUAGUCCGGUAUCCCCCAACGGCCAUAGACGAGAAAUCUAUCCCCGUAGACUUUCGAGUAACCGUGGAAGACGAAGAGCAUCCGCCCCCGCCUGCAUCACCUCGCUCUUCCGUUGUCUCGAUACCGUCGACCCGACUGACGGACCUGACCGCGGCACGAACCGGCGAAACAACGCAUCAAAGUGGAAGAGAAAGCCUUGAGCAUAUUUGGACUCGGACCACUCUGCCUGCGUACUCAGACAGGAGUCCAAGCCCGGCGUCUUUGUCCGCCGCAGUAAGAGAGGGUGAUAGAGACGCAGUUUGGCAACAUCCGGUCAUGACUAGCAAUUGGCUUGAAGUGCUCCAGCAAGAAACGCAGAUUGUGCAGAAUAGGAACAACAACAGACAGCACAAUCCAAACAGGAUAAUGCAUCCAGGACUCGGAUAAAGCAAUCUAUUUGACAACGUCUCCAACCGAGUCCUCGAAAAACAUGACACAAGACCUCUGCUACCAUCCCAAAGAUUCAAUGAAGUCCAGGGCGAUAUCCUGGAUGGAGCCCGUCGCCACUCGUGUGCCCAGCGCUUCACAGCUAUGUGCAAAAGGUCUAACCUGGGGUAUUGCCUGGACGAGUUGCCUCGGCCUGGCCACUGGUGAGCAUCUUGGGCUCCGAAAAAAACACCCGCAGCUUGAGAAUAAGCCGGCAAAGGAUGGGAAUGUUGUGGAUGCUGGGAGCAUCGUCACUAGAGUUUCAAUUUUCCUGCAUACUGGUUGAUAGAAGUGUGACCUGGGAAACACAGUCCCGUCAGAAGAAGUGUCGACUCAAGAGAAUGCGCAAGUCUUCUAACGCUGAGGCAGAGCCCCAGGCACAUUUUGAGACGACGAUGCGAUCUUUAAGACUGACACCAGUUCCGGAGGCAGCCAAACGCAGGUAUACAUAACACGAUGCAGCAAAUAUGGUCCUGGGUGUCGCAAAAGACAGGGAGACAUCCUUACCCCCGUCAUCAACGUCGUCUCUUUCAUACAUAGAAGAUAUAUCUAUCAAACGUCAGAAUAGAGAGGACCCUCUUGUACAUAUCGAGAGUCCGACAUCCACAGAUUACAGCCGCCGCACAGCAGCGGUACGUCUUGUCCACACAAGCCUCCUACACAGUGCCGACCCACGAGUCCGCCAAUCCACCAGACAGGCCCUCUAGGUAUCGGUAAACAGCCACCUGGCCGAGGCUCAACUACUCGCAUUGG